UGCAGCGCGCGCUCAGCGCAGCCUGAAAAUGGCAACCCUUUGGAUUUAUCCGUCCCUUCUUUUCUUUCUCUUUCCCUCCCUCACACCGAGUCAAGCCUUACGGAAUUACCCAGAAAAUGAAGUUACGUUGUUGGACACCAUGUCUGCUCUGGGAGACCUUGGCUGGGAGGCCUACCCGGCAGAAGGGUGGGAGGAAAUCAGCGUGAUGGAUGAGAGGAACACUCCCAUGCGCUCCUACCAGGUGUGUAACGUAAUGGAGGCUAACCAGAACAACUGGCUACGUACGCGCCACAUACCACGAGACGGGGCACAGCGCGUCUACAUCGAGAUUAAAUUCACACUUCGUGACUGUAACAGCCUACCCGGGGUCCCCGGAACCUGCAAAGAAACUUUCAACAUGUACUACUAUGAAUCCAACAACCCCAACCUGUGGUUUAUCAAGGAGAGCCAGUACAUAAAGAUCGACACCAUCGCCGCCGACGAAAGCUUCACGCAGACCGACGUUGGCGAUCGGGUCAUGAAGCUCAACACGGAAGUGAGGGACAUCAGCAACCUGAGCAAGAAGGGUUUCUACCUGGCAUUUCAAGACGUCGGAGCUUGCAUUGCUUUGGUGUCCCUGCGGGUCUUCUAUAAGAAGUGUCCACUUGCCGUCCUGAAUCUGGCCCAGUUUCCAGACACGGUCACGGGUGGAGAUUCAGCUUUGGUGGAGGUGAGGGGAUCUUGCGUGAAUGACUCCGAAGAGUUUGAGGCGCCGAGGAUGUAUUGCAGUGGGGAUGGCGGAUGGCUGGUGCCCAUCGGACGCUGUGUCUGCAAGUCAGGAUUCGAGGAGAAUAAGGACUACUGUCAGCCCUGCAUUCCGGGCACCUACAAAGCAUCUUUGAUGGAUGCGUUCUGCACCAAGUGUCCUCCCCACAGUUACUCCCACCAAGAGAAGGCGUCCGAGUGCUCCUGCGAGAAGGGAUUUUACCGAGCUGACUUGGACCCGCGUUCAAUGGCCUGCACUCGGCCUCCAUCAACACCCGAGAACCCCAUCUCCAUCCUCAACGACACCUCUGUGACCCUGGAAUGGAGUCCUCCGAGAGACAGCGGCGGGCGAGGCGAUGUCAUCUACAGCGUCCACUGCAGGAAGUGCGCGGGGGAUGGCAAGACAUGUACCCCCUGUAGCACCAGUGUCCAUUUCGUACCCAGACAGUUCGGUCUCUCGAUUCCCAAAGUGCUGAUAACAGACCUGCUGUCCAACACCAACUACACCUUCAGCAUAGAGGCGGUUAACGGGGUGUCUGAUCUGAGCCCAACCCCUAAACAGCAGGUUAUAGUCAACAUCACCACAAGUCAGACCGUGAAUGUAAUCCUGAAGGAGAGAAAAAGCAAAGACAGUAUCACACUGGCGUGGCAAGGACCCGACAGACCCAACGGGGUCAUAGUUGAAUAUGAGGUCAUCUACUAUGAAAAGAACCAGAGAGAUCAGAACUACACUGUUCUGAAAACCAAAGGCCACAUGAUGACAGUAGAGGGGCUGAAGCCGGGCACCACCUACGUGUUUAGGGUGAGAGCCCGCACGGACGGAGGCUACGGCAACUAUGGUGGAGAGAUCGAGCUGGAGACCAGUCAUGAAGAUAUGCUGGCCAUUGGGGACCCUAACCAGGCGACCAUCCUGGCGGUGUCUAUAGCGGGUGGCAUUGUACUACUUAUCUUCCUUGUGACGUGUUUUGUAGUGAGCGGAAGGCAUUGCGGUUAUAUCAAAGCGAAACAAGAUCCAGAUGAAGAAAAAAUGCAGUUUCAGAACGGCAGAGUCAAACUGCCGGGAUCCAGGACGUACAUUCACCCUCACACUUACGAGGACCCGAAUCAAGCCGUCAGGGAUUUCGCCAAAGAAAUCGAUGCUUCAACUAUACGUAUAGAAAGAGUUAUAGGUGCAGGUGAGUUUGGUGAGGUUUGUAGCGGCCGUCUGAAGCUUCCCAGCAAGAGAGAGAUCUACGUGGCCAUCAAAAGUCUGAAGGCAGGAUAUUCAGAGAAACAGAGACGAGACUUCCUCAGCGAGGCCAGCAUUAUGGGCCAGUUCGACCACCCCAACAUUAUCAGACUGGAGGGCGUCGUAACCAGAUGCAAGCCCGUGAUGAUUAUAACAGAGUACAUGGAGAAUGGAUCGUUGGAUACUUUCCUAAAGAAACACGACGGGCAGUUCACCAUCAUUCAGCUGGUUGGAAUGAUGCGUGGCAUUGCAUCAGGAAUGAAAUAUCUGUCGGACAUGGGCUACGUCCACCGUGACCUGGCGGCACGCAACAUCUUGGUCAACAGCAACCUGGUGUGUAAAGUGUCCGACUUCGGCCUGUCCCGAGUGUUAGAGGACGACCCUGAAGCUGCCUACACAACACGGGGUGGAAAAAUCCCCAUCCGAUGGACCGCUCCGGAGGCUAUAGCGUACAGGAAGUUCACCUCAGCGAGCGACGUUUGGAGUUACGGUAUCGUCAUGUGGGAGGUUAUCUCGUACGGUGAGCGGCCUUACUGGGAGAUGUCUAAUCAAGAUGUGAUAAAGGCUAUAGAUGAAGGUUACCGGCUUCCUGCACCAAUGGACUGUCCAUUGGUCCUCCACCAGCUCAUGCUGGACUGCUGGGAGAAGAGUAGAGGCGAACGACCCAAAUUUGGGAAUAUUGUCAACACUCUUGACAAACUGAUCCGCAACCCCAAUAGCCUGAAAGAGCUGGCCAACAGCUCAGUGUGGGAAGACCCCACCACCCCAGAAUUUAGUGUGAGUACAGUAGAUGAAUGGCUAGACAGCAUCAAUAUGGGCCAGUACAAGGACAACUUCGCCACCGCAGGCUACGUUUCCUUAGACUCCAUACUGUACAUCAGCCUGAGUGAGUUAAGCAAGAUGGGUGUGACUCUAGUCGGUCACCAGAAGAAGAUUCUCUCCAGCAUCCAGAGUUUGCACGCGCAAGGGACCCACGUGCAGGUAUAACAUGCCUUCUUCAUCGCUUGAGAGCAUAUAGACUGAGAGGGUAAACAACUGCUUCCGGAGCAGUCCUUAUCAGCUGCUUCACCAUACAGAUCCCACCCUGGAUGUUUCCACACACGAACCCUUGUCACCACUCCGGCUUCCGUCCAUGCACGCCUGAGCCUCCUCUGAGCAGAGGGACAACCAGAGACUGAUCUACAAUCGCUCGGCAAAGCCAAGCAUUUUCAGAUACAAAUACAUUCAAUAAAUAAAAGGAAAUCAGUGUAACGAAAACAAAAAGAAACAAUAAUACAAUUUACAUUGUGUUAGUGCGGUGUACAGUGUUUUUUUUAUAGUUUCAACAUCUGCAUUCCACAUCCAUCAUAUCUUGCAUAUCAAGGGUCGGACUGUUAUUAAUAAGGUGGUAUGUAUAGGAGGGAUGUUAUGGAGCGUUAGAACCAUGUGAUCUUCCUUAAAUAUCAUCUAUAAUCAAUAUAAAAUAACAGAUGUUUAUAGUAUAUUUAUUUUGUCAUAAAUGAGGCGACCUGUUGGGCACUGAUGUUUCACAUCAUGCAGAAUCUGAUAUUCGGUCUUAAUGCGACAGGAGCUCUUGUCCCACUAGCAGAGAUAAAACCAACGGAGACGGUUGGAAACAUUCGACUGUGAAACAGACGUCUGAAGCAAAUCCUGCGGACAGCUGCGUAGGCGAGCGAGAGAUGACAAGAUAAGAGCUUUUGAAUUCUAUUUAGCUGAAAAAUAGCUGCUCUUCACUCGCAGUUGCGUUCGCCGCGUCGCUCUGUAAGAUUAGGCAUUGAGGCAUUACCUGGAUUUGAAUUAGAAGACUUCUGGAGUGCAUCUCCAGAAAUAUGUAUAAAUAGACAUUUAAUCAAAAUAGACAUUUUAUUUUAGUCUGCUGCACAGAUACCUGGUGUAUUCAUGCCAAAUCACUGAAGUCCUGGUUUAUUGAGGAGAAAUAUACAUAGUGCAUGUCAGCUUCCCAGAUUUUAACGAAAAAAACAACUACGAGUUUCAUUUUUGUCAUUUGGAAGAGGUUAAGAUAUUUGCAAUUAGCAUCGUGCACCACGUUCAUGUCGUCUUUAUGUUUACACUCAUGUAACUACAGUGCGUGACAACCACAACAUGAAAGUAUGCUAUUGUACUAUAGUGUAUAAAAUGUACAGUGUUGAUUUAAAAAAGACAUCAAAACGAAAAAAAAAAACUAGAAUGUUUGUAAUUACGUAAUUUUAUUUAGUAUAAAGAGGAAAAGGCGAGCGCGUGGUGUUAUCACCGUGGCUUGCCGAUGUGCGGUGAUAACUGAUCGUUGGAAUGUAGCAUGGAUCCUAAGCUUCAUCUUUGAUUGACAGGUGGCAGUGACUGCAGUUGUUUCACUCAAGUGGUGGCAUUAGCUGCUUGACUUUAGAUGCCUUAUUAAAUGUGCAGUUCUCUCUCUUUUCUCGUCCCUUAGAAACAAUAUCAUGAAGUAUUAUGUAUAUAGUAUUUAUCAUUGCAUCACUGAGAAACUCGAGCUCUAUUAAAGCCCAGCUCAAGUGUUUAUCGCUGUUUUAGUUCGAUGCACGCCGCUUUAACAGGUGGUAUGGAGACAGAGAUUCAUAAAUCUAUUGGGCUGAACUUCAUUCGUCAUACUUUAUCCAGACUGAUUUGCUGCACUGUAUAUUUUUGUACUAGUGAAGUUGUUCUGUAAAGUAGAAGUCUGUUUUAUUUAAAAACAUAUGAGACUUUAAAAACAGGAAAAAUGUUGGUAUUGAGAGAUAAAUACAAGCUGGUCAUCCUUCAAACCAGGAAGCCCAUAUGUUUUUCAAAUUCUUUCUUUUUAUGUCAUGAUUUUGUACCAAUGGUUUAACACAACACCAAUGGACCACUCAAAAUGUCUUUUUUUCAGAGUUUAGCCACAUUUUCUUUGUUGAUUGUAUGAGAAUGUCUGCAGAAUUUUUCAAUGUUUUAAUUUUGCAGGAUGUAAUAAAUAUGGUACAUAUGGUAUGAUAAACACAAUUUAUUAAACAGCUAAGAAAUAUCUUAUUGGUACCUUGAAUUAAAAAAAAAAUGGAAUUAUAAUGAUUUAAGUAAAAAGAAAAUGAUCAUGGAGCUGGUUUUGUUUACUUUAGUGCACACAACUGCAGUACCUUCUCUCAAUAUAUAUUAUUGUUAUGUUUUUGGGCCCAUAAAGAGAAUCAUGAUUUAAAUAAUUUUUGAUUUUGAUUUAUUUGAUUUAAAGAUUUUGCGUCACUCAACCAUUUCCAUAUUUUUUUCAUAACUGUUACCUCAUAGACUGCGACUAAACUACAAAUUAUUAAGUGUAAAACUAGAAUAACAAAUAAAUAAGACGUUCACUACUAUAACUACGUUAAUGUUAUUUUAGUUUUAUUAAUGCAUAUUUUACAAAGAUGCAUUUACAUGAAUUCAUGGCUCUAUUUUAAGAUCUGUGAUGCAGUGUGUAAAAUAACAUUGAUCAUUGGUCAUCAUAAGUUUUCAAUCAAAACAUUUCAUCCAUUAAGCUCUAUAAAGGGAUGUAAUAUGAUGUGGCAAAAUUGUCUGUAUCGGAUAAAGAUCCAGUUGAAGAGGCAAUCUUUACUACUGCAACACCAAAAUUUAAAAAACAGCUACAGAAAUCUACAGUAUUUAUCUCACUAAACUAAUCUAAGCUAACAGAUGUGUGUCUAAACAGUGUUAGUGGCAGGAUGCAGAAUGUUAUUAAUAUGAUAGAAGCGAUAGAUCAACUGUAUUUUUUUUUUGCCCUCGCUCUGUACAUGUGUUUGGACUAAUCCUUUGUGAGAUCUCUGUUCUUUUGUAAGCUGUGUACCCAUCUCUCCUCACACUGCAGGUUUCUAUGAGCUCGCGAAAAGGGUGUAUGCAUUCAUGUCGCUGUAAUAAAUGCUAAUAUUUUUAAUUUCUCA